AUGCGUGAUGGGAAGUUCACUCCAGAGUUCGAUGCAUUCGUGAAGGAGAAACUCGACAAAUGGCAUGUUCCUGGGAUGUCUAUUGCUGUCAUCCAAGGGGAUGAUGUUUGUGCGAAGGGUUACGGAUUCGCCAGAUUACCUGAUGAGCCUGUGAGACCAGAAACGCUGUUCAAUUGUGCGAGCAUGACGAAAGCAUUUACUGCUACUGCUACUUCCCUUUUAGUAGAUGACAAGAAUCAUCCGGAUGUGAAAUGGGACACGCCAAUGUCCCAUCUUAUCGGGGAUGAUUUCGUUCUUUCUGAUGGUCGAUACACGGCCGAGGUGACCAUUGAAGAUAUGCUCUCUCAUCGAAGUGGUUUACCUGACUGUGACGACGCAUGCUACGGAAUCUACGCAAAGAACCCAGACAACACCAAGUCCAUCGUCCGAAAACUGCGUCACAUUCCCCUCGUCUCACCUCUACGAACGACGUAUAACUACUGCAACGUAGGCUACACAGUCGUUGCUCACAUGAUCGAACGUCUCACUGGCCAAUGGUUCGGCGAUUUCCUCCGAGAAAAGAUCUGGGAACCUCUCGGGAUGAAAAACACCUACUACGGCCUCGACGAUCUCCGGAAACGUCGAGGAACAGACGAUCUCGCGAAGUCGUAUCGAUGGGAUAAAAUUGAGGAGAAGAACGAAGAAAUGCCUUGGUGCGAUCAACCAGAGGGAAGUGGCUGCGGAGAAGUGUUCAGUAAUGUGCUUGAUUAUGCCGCAUUCCUAAAAUGCAUGAUGAAGAAAUCGGGUCCGAUAUCAGAGGAAGGACAUAAAGAACUUGUGGCACCAAGGAUCAUCACGAGUCCGGGAGAAGAGCCGAUGCCGUUUAUGGCUCAUCGGUUGUACGCUCUGGGAUGGGAGAUUGAGAAUUUUCACGGAGAGAGGACGGUUGGGCAUGAUGGUGCUGUGACCGGGUUCGCGUGUAAGAUGUUGUAUAUCCCGCGCUUGAAUUGGGGUAUGGUAGCGUUUGGCAAUAAGGAUUUCGCUAAUGAUGCUAUUGAUGGGAUUGCGUGGGGUCUUGUGGAUGAUCUGAUGGGGAUUCCGGAGGAGCAGAGGUUCGAUUGGGAUGAAGAUGCGCAGAGGAUUUGGGACAAGUAUGAGCCGAAGACGAGAGAACAGCUCUUUCCCAAGAUUCCAGAUCCGCCAAUUCCUCUCUCGAGGCCUUUGUCUGAGUAUGCUGGGGUAUACAAUCAUCCUGGGUUCGGAGACAUGGUUGUUGAGCUCAAAGAUGGCAAGUUGCAGGUCGAUGCCACGGAUCGUACAUGGAGGUUUAUGCAUUAUCUCGAUCAUGUUUCCGGCGAUUUCUUCUUUGUGGACAGGGUUGAGGUACCCUCGAAGGAGACGGGAACUGGGAAAGCUCAGUUUAGGAUCAAUGCUGAUGGUAGAGUGAUAGCUUUCGGGAUGGAUCUCAUUGCUGGAAUGGAAGAUGAGAAAGAGCCGAUUUGGUUUGAACGAGGAGAUUUACAUGAAGGCAAGGACGAGGGAGGAAGUGGGUGA